AUGCGCCGGAUCUUGCAAAGAUGCAAGGUUGCAUUAGCGAAGAAAUCGAGGGCGGUAGAUUAUAACAAUGACCCUGCAGACCAGCUCUUCGAUAUCAAACGAGGUCGAGGUCCGGAUCAGCUUUCAAGCCCAUUGCUCUACGUUAGCUCUCAGCCAGUAGGCACAUCUGAAUUAAGUACAGUCGCCCUGGAAAGUGCGCCUGACGAUGGACUUGCGGCUGUACUUCCUCAUGGGUGCACUUCAUCUGUUUCGGACCUCGAAGAUGUCAUGAAGGACCUCCAGCAGAGUUAUCCAGAGGGCUUUGUCACCACGCCUAUCAGGACAUGGGACUCCCUGUUGCAUCGACUCAAGACUUUUGUCGAGAUCGUAGACGAUGUCGUGGAUGUUCAUCCUUACGCGAAAAUGGCCUGGAUUGUUCUUUCCGCAAUUCCGAAUGCCAUCAUCACGCAGUCGGAACAGGACAAGGCGAUGAACAAGUUGUUCGAAGCUGUACAUGACACCUAUAGCUUCGUCGUUGAAGCUCGACAGCUGUGCACUUUGCCAUCGGCAGAUCGACAGCUGUCGCUGCUAUCGAAGCAAACGGUCGACUGCGCCUACUUCAUUCGAGAUUACACGAAGAUCCCGCGCUUCUGGACCCGUACAGUCAAGAACAGGCUGCUAGAUAUUGAUCAGAAGAUUGCAGAGUACACCAGCACGUUCAUCGCGCUCCGCGAUCAGAUCACGAUGCACUCUGUGGUGCGGUCAGAGAUUGCGGUCCACCGCGUCUUGAGGAGCGUCAUCAUUACUGAAGAUAUCGCAUCACAGGCACUUCUAAACAGCCUUCCCUACGCCGAUGACGCGGGGUACAAGAGAAAGAAACAGUGUUACCCUGGCACCCGAGUGGAGAUCUUGGACGAAAUAUCGACGUGGAUCAACGACGACUCCACGGACGAGCGUAUCUAUCUCCUCGUCGGCCAGGCAGGCACCGGCAAGUCCGCCAUUGCGCACUCCAUCGCACGGCUUUUCGACGACAUGGGACGUCUCGGCUCCUCGUUCUGUUUUGAUCGCUCCUUCCCGGAGCGUGGUCCAGCCUUGUUGUUCCCCACCAUCGCUCGAGACUUAGCAGACGUCGAUCCCUUGUUGAAGACGACGCUCCUCAACGCAAUCUCAGAGAAGCGUUCUGAUCUCUCGACGUCAGACAUAGAGAUUCAGUUCCGGAGAUUCAUCGAGAGUCCAGCAAAGCGGAUCGACCUCACCGGCCCGAUCGUUAUCGUCAUCGAUGCUCUCGACGAGAGUGGGCCCGUAGGAUCUGAGGUUCGCAGAGAACUCCUUUCCGUCCUAGGCAACGCGAUCGGCGCUCUUCCUUCCAAUUUUCGCAUUGUUGUCACCGCUCGGCCGGAAUCGGAUAUCGAGAGCUACCUUUGCAACGGCCACCACGUUCGAUGCAAACGCAUGGACUCCGUUCCCCUUCACUCAACCCUCACCGACAUCAAGUCUUAUAUCCGUUCGAGCCUUCGUUCUUUGGAGGCCGGGCUCGGCGAUUAUGAGGAUACUUGUCGUCAGCUCUCCCAGGCGUCGGAGGGCCUCUUUCAGUGGGCGCAAACCAUAUGUAUUGCUCUGACAGAUGCGUCCUCCGCCGGAAUGACAGCAGAGGAGCGUUUGGAAACCCUCUUCACAGGAUUGGAACUGACUUCAUCGAAGAGUUCGACUCUUGACAAACUAUACACACAAAUUCUCUGCUCCCUAUUUGAUGUAACCAAGAAGCCGGUCAUGGCACGAUAUCGACGGGUGUUGGGCAGCAUCCUCGGGGCAAGGGAGCCUCUGUCAGUCGAACAACUCGAUGAUCUCCUCGGUUCUCGACUCGAUAUAGAAUUGAUUAUCCCAUUCGACCGCUCCACACAUCCUUUCGCGACUUCCUUCUUGAUCACUCUCGUAGCGGGGCUUUCUCCAUAG